UCCCAGGGCCAAGUGAAAGGGAGUUCAGUCACUACCUCCCCACUGAGCCAGCUCAGCCAGGCAGGGAAGGAGGGAGUGGGACACGUUCUGGGAGUGCGGCGGGGAGGAGUCCUGGCUGGGCUGAGCGAGGGUUGCUGCUUGGCUGUGCCAGAGCCCAGGCCUCAGAGCCUUGCUGGAGAGGAGGUGAACCCAGGAGGCAGGACGCUCGAGGAGUGAGGCAGUGAGAUGGCGGACUGCUACACGGAGCUGGAGAAGGCGGUUGUGGUUCUGGUGGAAAACUUUUACAAGUAUGUGUCUAAGCACAGUCUAGUCAAGAACAAGAUCAGCAAGAGCAGCUUCCGAAAGAUGCUUCAGAAAGAGCUGAAUCACAUGCUGACGGACACGGGGAACCGUAAGGCUGCGGACAAGCUCAUCCAGAACCUGGAUGCCAACCAUGAUGGACGCAUCAGCUUCGAUGAGUACUGGACCUUGAUAGGCGGCAUCACCAGCCCCAUUGCCAACCUCAUCCGUGAGCAGGAGCAGCAGAGCAGCAGCUAAAGGACCCCACCGUCCCCUCACAGCACUGCCUGCACGCCCGGCCCUCACACUCUUCCUAGCCUCCUGCCCACCCAGGCCCCAUCCUCACUUCUCCCUCCAGAUCCUCUCCAGACCCUUGCCGAGCAGGGGGAGGGGAUGAUGUUAGGGCCUCUGUGAGCAUCUCAGUCUGGGGUCGCCUCCCUCAGGGUCCCAGUCCCUGGAGCCAGCAGACCCUGGGGGCCUGGGCCCUCUGAGAUCCCAGUGCUGUUUGGGGACCCCAAGAAUUUCCUCAGUCCACCUACCCUUCCAACAUCUAAUAUUCCUGCCUGAUUUUAGGUCUCUCCUGACCUCUGGAGGUCAGCUCGCUGCUCCAGGUCUUCCUGCUCCUGGUGUCAGCAGCAGAGACCUCUCCCCUUCCUUCCCCGCACCCCCUCUGCUGGGGAAAGACUUCCAGGGACUGCCUUCCAGCUGCCUCUGGGUCUGGGAAGAGAUAAGCAGGGUUGAGCCCCCUCCCUCCUACUCAGCCCCUGAAGCAUGGCAAUAAAGGCUGGAUUUGAAAUUUGUAUCCCCCUCACACAGUCCCUUUGUGAUGCUCAUUAAAAUCUUUACACUCCUUGGAACCUC